UUUUUUUCUCUCUCUCUUUUUUUUUUUCUUUUAUAUAUAUUUAUACAUGUUCAAUAAAUGGAUAGUGAAAUUUCAAUAUCUAAAGUAAAAUCAACUUUUAAACAACUUGACUUGUCAUCAAAAGGUCGUAAUUCUAAUCCAUAUGAUUCAGUAUUCGUGGCCAAUGAUAAUAGUAGUCAUGUCGACUACUUAUUAGAAGCAGACAUGAGUGAUUCUUCUCUCUUUAAUAACAAUAAUUCCAAGUUGGGUUUCUAUAAGCAACCACUUCGAAAACAAAGAUCAACAUCCUCCAUGUUAGAAUCACCUACAGGUCAUCCAUUAGGUAUUUCUGCCUCUCAUCCCGACUUGAUGGCAAAAGAUGAUCUUCAUAUUAUAUCACAACUAUCUCGUAUACCUACACCACCACCUAUACAUAGGUCUUCUUCUACAGGCUUAGACAUUACAGAUAAUAAUGACGAAAAAUACUUGACUUUAGAUCCUGUUGACUUGGCUAGUUUUAGAAAAUGGGUCAUUGGUUUUUGUAUAGUUAAUUUUGAUUUAGAGAUUGGUCAAGCUUUGGAUUAUGCAUAUCCACCAAUGGAUUUGACACUAGCAGAACAAAAGAAUAUUUGCUUUUCUGCAUUUCCAGAUUCUAACGUAUUCGAGGUGGGUGAUCAAGUGUUUAAUAUUCGUAUUAAAGCUAGCUCAAGCAAAUUUGCUGUUUCGGGUCCAACUGCAGAUGCAGGAUUCCUUUAUGGUUAUGUAUUUUUUAGACAAAAGAAGGAUUCAACAAUUCGACGAGGUUAUUUCCAAAAAUCAUUAGUUUUGUUAUCACAAUAUCCUUAUGUAGGAUUAUUUUCAAGGAUAGUGUCUAUAUUAGGUCCAGCUUAUUUUGAUACUGGUCAACCUAUGUUGGAAGCAGCUUGUAUGAAUAUAGUACAUUGGCCUUCUCCAGAAGAUGGUAAAGUGCUUGAUUUGCCUUUUCUUGGACGACUAUUACAAGUUGAAUUACCUACACCAUUUAAACCACAAUUAUUAGAAACAACACCUUUUGAUAUGAAUAAACUAAAACCAGAUAUCCAGAUUAUGGCAGCACUUCCAAUAGGAAGCUUAUACCAUCAUUUCAAAGAUAUAUUAAAAGAUUUAUGGUUGUUAUGGGAACUUAUGCUAUUAGCUGAACCUAUCGUUGUUAUGGCACCUGAUCCAGGAGUUUGUAGUGAAGCAGUGGUUGCCUUAGUAGAUAUUAUUAAUCCUAUACCUUACUGUGGUGACUAUAGACCUUAUUUUACUAUCCAAGAUUCAGAUUUCAAAAGCUUUGUUACAAAGAAUAAGCCAUUAUCUAGUUUAGUAAUAGGUGUAACUAAUCCUUACUUUAACACUGCCGUUCAACAUUGGCCAAAUAUUGUUCGAGUGGGCAAACAACAACUGAGAAAACCUGAUGGUACAAUUAUACAUUCAGGAAUAUCAAAAGUAAAACAUAAUAGUAAAUCAAAUGUAAUGCUUAAUUUUAUACAAGGAGUAACAUCAAAACGUAAAUCAGUGAUAUCUAAGGAUAGAGAAUUAAUUAAAAUGUUAACUGAAGCAACUGUCAGAGGAUAUCCACCAGAUUGGGUUUUAAAUAAUAUUCUACGAAGAUAUUUUGUUGAUUUAACAGAGAAAUUUCUUGUGCCAUUAAAUAGAUACUUUAGUACAUUGAUACCUGUCAACAUUACGAAUAGAGAUAUACCAAGAUUAAAGCCCUUUCAAACAGAUCAGUUUAUGAAAUCCUUAAAAGAACAUGGCCCACAACUUCCUUUCAAAUCAACAUUUAAAACACGUACAUCUACCACAGAUCCUACUAAGGAAUUAUAUUCACAGUUUUUGAAAUGUGGUAAUUUUGCAACUUGGCUUCAACAACGUACAACAAGAGCAGAGGCAGAGAUAAAGAAACGAAGGGAAAAUUACACUUAAUCAUUUAUAGUAGGGAGACUAAUAGAUAGAGUUAAAUUGUAAAUAUGUGCAUAAAUAGUAUGAUGAUGUUUUAAUAGAGCUACCAUGACAAUAAAAAGUUCAUUACUAAUACCGUUACACAGAUUCAUCAGUUGAAUCUA